AUGACCAUAUCCCUUCACAGCAAGACCUGGAAGGGCAAAAUGGCAGCAGGAGCGAAGAAGUUGGGACUUCCCUUUGGGAAGAAGACCCCAGACGACUCGAUAUCCCUCCAAACGACAGCGACAGUCCCUGAGAGCAGCUACACGUACAAGAAGCCCGAAGGAUCUACAUUGAUGUUGCUAGAGGAAGAAUCCUCACAGACCGAGGCCAUGAAAUAUGCCUCAGAAGUACAGCACCAGGAGCAAUCAAAGGAGAGUGGGUCCAACCAAAUGCCAGGUGCGAUGUGGGAAGCAGCAGUGGCGGCCCAGAUAGUUCAGACCCUGGAAGUGCCUGGUCAACAGACGAGCACAGCCAGUGGUCCUGGGGAGAGCCCUUUCAUGGGUGGAAGAGGCAUGACAAUGGAAGGAGGGCCUAGGGAUACGACAGGGAAUUCCCCAGAGCCAAGAAUCCUGGGCCCUGGGUCCCUGACCAGCUCCGCCAGCUGGCUAUCCUGGUACUCAGCAGACAGAACCCGACGAGUCUAUGGGAUUGACACUCCACAAUGUUAUUCAUUGCCAAUCCCUAGCUCAAAUCGAUACAUUCCAGACCCUCCAAUCCAACCUGACCCCAGCAAGAUCGCCGAGUGGGAAAGGGAACAUCAUGCCCCAGCCAGGGAGGGAAUUAUCACCAUCGCAGACCUCAGGAACCUUGCAGACACCGCAACUGCACGAAUCUCACCAGUCAAGUCCACAUCUUCCAUCGGGAGAACCCUCGACACUAUCACCGAGGGAGAGAACCCCAUCCCACUCCAGUCACCUGGAACUAGAGUACCGACCCCAUACUAUGCCAACAAUGACCCAUGGGGGGACCACCCCCAUACCGACUCCCCUCAGCCAGAGCGCUGA